CAGAGGUGUCAGCUGGUUUGCGCAGGAAAUGGCUGAGUAUGAAGUACCAGAUCCAGAAGAUAUACUGAUCUGCCCCUACAAUAAUGCACAUGCUAUUCGAGCAAAAAGAAUGCAGCAUCAUCUGGUUAAAUGUCGCAAAACUGACUGAUCAUGGAGGAAAGAGGAACAGAUUGGUUUAUGUGGCUGGUGUCAUGUGCUGUUAGGGAGCUAACCUGGUUUAAUAUUUUCGUAUAUGGGAGUAUUCUACUCUUGUCAUGGCUGAUCUGUAAACUGUUCAUUUUACCCCAGCUGUCGCCUCUUCGACAGAUACCAGGGCGACCAAGAGGCAGCCUGUUUUUUGGGUGUUUUUCAGAAAUUAUGCGAAAGGAAGCUAUUGACCCCUAUGCAGAAUGGAUGAAUGAAAUGAAAACGGGAAUCAUCCGCUAUUAUCACAUUAUGGGAUCCCAAAGAGUGCUUAUUGUGGAUGCUGAUGCUGUGAAGCAUGUCCUGGUUACAAAUGCCAGUAACUACCCUCGGCCUUUCUUCCAUUUUAAGUUUUUUACGGAGAUUGUUGGAACUAGCCUUUUGACAUUAGAAGGGCAAGAACAUCAUGUACAGCGUCGCCUUUGUAACAGUGCUUUCAAGUUGCCUGAAUUGCAUCGCUUACUGCCCACUUUUCAAAGACACUUUGAUCAUCUGUGUAAGAAGUGGAAUGAACAGGUGAAGAUGGGAAAAGAAGGCCCUGUACAGGUGGAUGUCACCAGUCAUUUAGCAAAUGCAGCAUUUGACGUUAUCACAGAGUCUGGAUUUGGGUAUGACUGCAAUUCUUUAGAUGAUCCAGAAAACUUCUUUUCAAAAGCCUUUACUUAUGUUCUUGGAGGAGGAAAAAAAUCUAUUGACAGACAUGUGAGAAUUCUGUUGCCAAAGCUUUAUCGGUACAUACCAAAUGAAGACAACAAGAUGUUCAGAAAAAGCCUUAAAUGCCUACAUGACCUCAUCCAAACUAUUAUUAGUAGAAAAAGGAAAUCUCUAGAGAGCAAACAAUCAGCAGGUGAAGACCACAAACCUGAUCUGUUAGAGAUACUCUUGAGUGCAUCAGAUGUGGAGACAGGAUUUGGGUUCUCAGAAAAACAGCUGCGAGAUCACUCAAUGACAUUUUUAAUUGCAGGACAUGAGACGUCAGCUACAGGACUUAGCUGGAUCUUGCUGUGCCUCUCACAGCACCCACACAUCCAGCACAAGGCCCGACAAGAAGUACUGUCAGUGCUGCCCCCUAGAGGCCAACCCAUCACACCACAGCAUCUGGACCAGCUGGCUUAUGUGACUUGUGUUGUCAAGGAGACACUCAGAUUGUACCCACCUGUGCCAACAAUCAUGAGAGAAGCAAAAAACGAUGAUAUUCUCUGUGGUUUUCCCAUUCCAAAAGGGACGAUCAUCAACAUUAGUAUUGGAGCGUUGCAUAGAAAUCCAGUAUAUUGGGACAACCCUGAGGACUUCAGACCAGAAAGAUUUAUGAAUGAGUCGGCGAUUCCACCAUAUGCAUACCUGCCCUUCAUCAGUGGACCACACAUGUGUAUUGGCCAUCGAUUUGCUCUCCUGGAAAUGAAGCUGGCACUGGCCAUGCUUUUGAGGCAGUUUGAAUUUUCUCCCCUGCCCGAUGUUGUCUACAAAAAGAAGCAGUUUAUUACAAUGCGACCAUAUCCAGCUCUCAAGUUGAAUGUCCGAUGUCUGAGCUAAAGCUGGAAGGAUAGCUGGAGAGCCAAUCAAUGGGACAGCGAAAUCAGACACACAUAUAUACGUAUAUACAUAUUUGCCUGUGAGUACACUUAUGCUCAUGCAUUAAAAAAGUUGUUAAAGUAGUGCUUACAGUAGUUUAAAAAUGCACCUUAAUAGCAUUUGAUACCAGUUUGCAACAACAUUUUUCUGAAAACUGCAGCAUCCCUAUAUCCAAGCGUUUAAACAUUUGUAUUUUUAGGUCUGCAGUACUCAUACAUCAGAACUGCUUUUUAUUCUCUUCUAUCGUUAUAUACUUGUAUAUGAAAUCAAGGCAUAUGACAAAAAUACAGAAAUGGAACUUGGGGCCUGUCCUCCAAUAUUCUUCCAUAUGCCAAACUGGCACAUAAGGUUGUGCUAUUGUAGGAGUACAAUAUGUUAUAGUGAACCAUCAUUGCUGGCUCGUCUCAUUCCGCACUGUUUGAUUGUGCAGCAGCUUUGUGGACUAAAUAUAGAAUGAUUCUGCAACUCUUUAUGAAAACCAAGAUUUGUAAAGAUCACAAAAGCAAAUUGAUUAAACACCUGAUUUGUUUAAAUAAUGUACUUAAUGGCAUGUAUAUGUUUUUAUCUACUCAGAUUUGUUUUAUGUACUCUUGUAAAUGCCUAGUAAUUGCAAGUAUCGACAGCUACAUAAAUCCCUGUGUGCAGCAUAUUCAUGCAUGACAUUGCUAAAUAGUAUUAUUUUUAGCUCUUUAUAGCACUGAGAAGUUAUAUAUAUAUUUUGCAUAAUGAACAAUACCAAGCUUCUUUGAUCACUUUGAGAUGCUUUCUUAUACACGUGAUAAGGACAACAGAUAUGCAUCUAAACCCUCGAGGCAUAUGGUUUGUUGGCGGAGCUUUUAAUGUGAAUGAGGUUACUUGCAGUGAAAACCCUUUGUUGAUGAAAGGAAGCGGUUGAUUUCAAAUGAUCUUACAUCUGUAAACAUCUGGGUUAUAUAUAUAUAUGUUAAGCUAUUUAGUGUUAAAAGGGGAAACACACAGCUUACAUUAGAUGAGAUCAUAGUUAUCAAGAUUUAAUCAGGUUUAAUCCUCAGGAAUUUGUGAAUCUUUUGAAAUAACUUUUUUACGUUAUCUUUAUAAACUAUUUUUUGUAUUAUGAUGCACAUAUUAAAAUAAACUAUCAUAAUGUUG